UCUGCAGCUUCAUGUGCUUUCUCAGAAACGAGCAAAGCACAAAUCCGUUCCAAGUUGCUGGUUGCCUAACCCUGGAACCGUGCCCUAAGUAUCAGAUGUCACAUUAAAGCCAGAUGCUCUGAGGAAGCGCCAUCAUUUUGCAAGCACUUCUGAAUACGGCAGAAAAAUUCCCUUGAAAGACCAACUGACCAUGUGGCUGCUAUGGAUCCUCUCCCUGGCUGCAGCCUCUUUUCUCCUGCCUGCAACUGGGGAGGUGGUGAACAGUUUAAGCGAGUGCAGUCUGUUCUUCUUGGACGGUGUUCCCCCCAAUCUGCGGUUAAACAAUAUGGCCGUAAUCUGCCAGAAGUAUAAAACCGAGUAUUAUUUUGUCACAAUGUACGACAGAAUUCGGCGCAUCCCCAUUUUCUCAGCUUACCUUCUACAUCCUUAUAGUACGGGUGUACGAACAGACAAAUGGAAGAUUGAACCACAGCUUGCAGCUCCUAAACGAGAAAUGGUGUCGGAACAUAGUCAAAUCUACGAUCUCCUUGCAGACAGCCAGGCUUUUUCGAGGGAUUACACAAAUACUCCCUUGUUCGACAGAGGACACUUGGCGCCAGCGUGCCAUCAAUCGGAUCAGGACAGCAUGGAUGCAACCUUCACCUUGACCAACACUGUGCCCCUGGAUGCAACACUCAAUCGUGGACAAUGGAAAGCGUAUGAACAAAGUAUAAAACAAAGUACUAGCUCGUGCGUUAGUACAUAUGCCAUUGUGGGUGUGGUACCUGGGAAUACAUUACUCAACAACAGAGUGAAUAUACCCAGUCAUAUCUGGGCUGCAAUUUGUUGUGAGUUUCGAAACCGAACCAAAACAUCCUGGGCAUUCAUUGCUGAGAAUAAUAAUCAGAAUACGGUAGUCAGUUUUACUCUGACGGAGCUGGAAAGAUUUCUAAGUUUCAGAUACCACCAGAGCAUUAAGCUUUUCCAUAAUGAUUGCAAAUGAUAUGAUUAAUAACGAAUAAGGUAAUUCUCUGUCUGCAAGAAAGAGUUCAUAAAUAAAAGCAAAGUAUAAACGUAGCCGCUUAGUUGCUCGACAUACAGAACGAAUGCAGUUAGUAUAACCCUUGUUUUUUUUAUUUUUAUUUUUGGCUCAAUGUUGUGAAAAUCCAAGCUGUUUGGUUAGCUUAUGGUUCAGAUUACUGAGCAAACUCAGAAAAUAAAAUAAUCCAGUAAUGAGACAAAGGGUGCAAUGAUGACACAGCUAAAACAGUUUCUUGUUUGUCACAGUUUUGGAUGGGCUUUAUGUUUUCAGCCCGUGUAUAACUUGUCAGAAAAGAAACUGCAGUGAUGAGGAACAAUUUCCCGUCCAUUGCAUCGUGCGGGUGGGAAGAAGACCCUUAGGAAUCAAAUUUCAUUCCCUGCUAAAUAGGGCUUAUCUUUGACACGGGUAGUCCUCAACUUACAACCAUUUAACAAAUGUUUGAAGUUAUGACAAUGCUGAAAAAAAUGACUUACAAUCUAUGUAUGACUGUUGCAGUGUCCCGUGGUCACAUGAUCAAAAUGUGGCUGAUUGGCAUGUAUUUACGAAAUGUUGCAGUGUCCCAAAGGUUUUAAAAUUGGGUGUGACCCACUUAACAAUAACAUCACUUAGUGACAGACUUCCAGUUCCAAUUGUGGUCGUAAAUGGAUGCCUUCCUGUACGUAGCUGCUUGAAUGCUUUCUCUGUAGCUUUUUUACGUCUUGCAAUAAACCUGCUCAUCAAA